CUCUGAGACGUUGAGACGCCGACUGCCGAGCCAACGAACGGGUAUGGUGAAACAGCGUGGAUUCGAGGAAGUCCGUGGAGCGCCCGAUAGCCGUUCGAGAUUGAUAUCGGGUGGGACCUGUUAUCGAGCACCUGGACCCAGACGCUGCCUUCACGGUAUAAAAGCUUUACUUCUUUUCUUACUCUGAUCGUCUCAACAACCACGUUCUCUCCUUUGAAUCUGUUGAUCAGACACUCAUUCCUUCCUUGAUUCUCUCUUUAUCACGGUUUCUGUUGACCAGAAUCCAUCAUGCACUCCUUCCAGCUUCUCGGCCUGGCCGCUGUCGGCUCCGUCGUCUCGGCCGCCCCUACUGCUUCUCGCGUGUCCGACCUUGUGAAGAAGUCCUCUUCUACCUGCACUUUCACGUCUGCCAGCGAGGCUAGCGAGAGCAUCUCUUCGUGCUCCAACGUCGUCCUCAGCAACAUCGAAGUGCCCGCCGGAGAGACCCUUGACCUGUCUGACGCCGCUGACGGUGCUACCAUCACUUUUGAGGGUACCACCAGCUUCGGCUACGAGGAGUGGGAUGGUCCUCUUAUCCGUUUCGGCGGCAAGCAGCUCACUAUCACCCAGUCUGAUGGUGCUGUCAUCGACGGUGAUGGCUCCCGCUGGUGGGACAGCGAGGGCACCAACGGUGGCAAGACCAAGCCCAAGUUCAUGUACGUCCACGAUGUCGAGGAUUCGACCAUCAAGGGUCUGCAGAUCAAGAACACUCCGGUGCAGGCGAUCAGUGUGCAGGCGACCAAUGUCUACCUGACCGACAUCACCAUCGACAACUCCGACGGUGACGACAACGGUGGCCACAACACCGAUGGAUUCGACAUCAGCGAGAGUACUGGCGUGUACAUCAGCGGUGCUACCGUCAAGAACCAGGACGACUGCAUCGCCAUCAACUCCGGCGAGAACAUCCUCUUCACCGGCGGUACCUGCUCUGGUGGCCACGGUCUGUCCAUCGGCUCCGUUGGUGGCCGUGAUGACAACACCGUCAAGAACGUGACCAUCUCGGACUCGACCGUCACGGACUCGGCCAACGGCGUUCGCAUCAAGACCAUCUACGGCGACACCGGUGAUGUUAGCGAGGUUACCUACUCCAACAUCCAGCUCUCCGGCAUCACCGACUACGGUAUCGUCAUCGAGCAGGACUACGAGAACGGCAGCCCUACUGGUACCCCCUCCACCGGUGUCCCCAUCACCGACGUGACCGUUGAUGGCAUCACCGGCUCGAUCGAGGAUGACGCUGUCCAGGUAUACAUCCUCUGCGGUGACGGCAGCUGCUCCGACUGGACCUGGUCCGGGGUUGACAUCACCGGUGGUGAGACCAGCUCCGACUGCGAGAACGUUCCCUCGGGCGCUUCUUGCUAGAGGUAGACUGUGGCAGGUGUCCGCGUCGCUUCUUCUUUCGCUCAUCAGGUUGCGGCACAAAACCAGAUCAAGAAGCCCGGCUUUCAUUUCUGUAUACUUCGAAUGUAUAAUAUUUGUUCUUCAUAGCCAAGAAAGCUAAACCCUUGCUUCGAUCGCACCUUGGGACCUUAUCCAGAGUCCUA